GAGGAGGUCCAGGCCGCUUCCGGUCCGGGGGCAAGAUGGCUGCGCCCAGUGGUGCGUGCGCGCCUCGAGAGCGGCGCGCCCGCGAGCAGGAGCAGGACUGGGGGGCCGCGGCGCCCAAGAGGCCCCGGCUCGGGGCCGGAAGCAGGAGCGGCGGCCGGAGGCUCAUCGUGGUGCUGGAAGGGGCGAGUCUGGAGACCGUGAAGGCGGGGAAGACGUACGAGCUGCUCAACUGCGACAAGCACAAGUCGGUGCUGCUCAAGAAUGGCCGGGACCCGGGCGAAGUGAGGCCGGAUAUCACCCACCAGAGCCUGCUGAUGCUGAUGGACAGCCCUCUGAACCGCGCGGGGCUGCUGCAGGUGUACAUCCACACGCAGAAGAACGUGCUGAUCGAGGUGAACCCCCAGACGCGGAUCCCCAGGACCUUCGACCGCUUCUGCGGCCUCAUGGUCCAGCUUCUGCACAAACUCAGCGUCCGCGCGGCUGACGGCCCCCAGAAGCUCCUCAAGGUGAUCAAGAACCCCGUGUCGGAUCACUUCCCCGCGGGCUGCGUGAAGGUGGCCACCUCCUUCUCGGCGCCCGUCAGCGACGUGCGGGAGCUGGUGCCCGGCGCCGACCCCAUCGUGUUCGUGGUGGGCGCCUUCGCCCACGGCCAGGUGGACGUGGACUACACGGAGCGGACGGUGUCCCUGAGCAACUACCCGCUGUCUGCGGCCCUGACCUGCGCCAAGCUCACCUCGGCCUUCGAAGAGGCGUGGGGGGUGCUGUGACGGCCGGGGGCCCCCAGGUCCUGACCC